CGGGGGCGGCGCCGCCGCGCCGGCCGGCGGCCGCGCGGCGGGCGCGGGCGUCGGGGGCGCGUCGCUGGUGCUGCUUCUGAGCGAGCUCACUGGAGUCUAUGCGGUCUCCAGCCUGCUGCUCAUCCGCAAGAACCUGCCCCUGAAAUACAGGCAAGAAUGGUUCUUUGG